AUGACCAAAGUGUCGGCGCUGUCACUCACGUCCAAACGGAGACACGGAAAGAAGAUCAGUAUGGUGACAGCUUACGACUAUCCUUCGGCAGUGCACGUGGCACGUGCCGGGAUGGACAUUCUCCUCGUUGGCGAUUCCGUCGCCAUGGUGGAGCUUGGUUACGAGAAUACGCAACCAAUUACCUUGCGGGAUAUGCUCCAUCACUGUGCCACCGUCAAACGGGGAGUUACGGCAGUCGCUUCUCAAGUUUCGCAGGUCCCUCUCUUGGUGGGAGACAUGCCUUUUGGAACCUACGAAUAUCAAGAUACGGACGUGGCACUCCGGAAUGCCUACGCCUUUGUCAAGGAAGCCGGAAUGGACGCCGUCAAACUAGAGGGCGGAUCAAAGGCACGCGCCCAGACGGCACAGCGCAUCGUCGAAGGCGGUGUCGCCGUCAUGGGACACGUCGGUCUCACACCGCAGGCCAUUUCGGUCCUAGGAGGCUUUCGAGCGCAGGGACGCACCGCAGUCCGGGCACGGCAGCUCGUCGACGAGGCCCUGCGCUUGCAGGAUGCCGGGGUCUUUGCCGUUGUCUUGGAAUGUGUACCGUCCAACGUGGCCCGGUCCAUUACCGACACGUUGGAGAUUCCCACCAUUGGGAUUGGAGCCGGUCCCCACACAUCCGGGCAAGUCUUGGUGUACCACGACAUGCUGGGUAUGACCUCACAUCCACAUCACGACCAGUUCGUGCCCAAGUUUUGCAAAAAGUACGCCCAAGUGGGACACAUGAUUCAAGAAGGAUUGCUCGAAUUCAAAGCGGACGUGGAAAACGGAACAUUUCCCUCGGACGCCUUUAGUCCGUACGUCAUGACGGAUGCCGAA